GUCGUCUAGGAAGCCGCGGUCGCGGGUCAGCCGGCGGGGAGGAGCUGCUGAGACCCAGCCAGACCGCAGGGACGUGGGCUCGGACGCCGGCGAGAUGCCACUGUUCACCGCCAACCCCUUCGAGCAGGACGUGGAAAAAGCCACGAAUGAGUACAACACCACAGAAGAUUGGAGUCUUAUUAUGGACAUAUGUGACAAAGUUGGAAGCACUCCUAAUGGAGCAAAAGAUUGCCUGAAAGCCAUAAUGAAAAGAGUAAAUCAUAAGGUUCCUCAUGUUGCUCUGCAGGCGCUAACUCUUCUUGGGGCUUGUGUGGCAAACUGUGGAAAGAUAUUUCACUUAGAAGUAUGUUCCCGUGAUUUUGCAACAGAAGUACGUGCUGUGAUAAAAAAUAAGGCUCACCCAAAAGUAUGUGAAAAACUGAAAUCUUUGAUGGUAGAGUGGUCAGAAGAAUUUCAAAAGGACCCUCAGUUUAGUCUUAUAUCUGCAACUAUUAAAUCUAUGAAAGAAGAAGGAAUUACUUUUCCUUUAGCAGGAUCACAGACUUCCUCAGCUGCUGCCAAGAAUGGUACGUCAUCAGAUAAAACCAGAGAAGAUGAAGACAUAGCUAAAGCUAUUGAAUUAUCAUUGCAAGAACAGAAGCAACAACACACAGAGACAAAAUCCUUAUAUCCAGCUGCAGAAAAUCAGUUAAAUAAUAAGGUUGCACGGAAAGUGAGAGCCUUAUAUGAUUUUGAAGCCGUCGAGGACAAUGAACUCACCUUUAAACAUGGUGAAAUUAUUAUUGUUUUGGAUGACAGUGAUGCCAAUUGGUGGAGAGGAGAAAAUCACAGAGGAAUAGGACUCUUUCCAUCUAAUUUUGUCACAUCUAAUUUAAACAUAGAAUCUGAGGCAGCAGCUGUGGACAAAUUGAAUGUAAUUGAUGAUGAUGUGGAGGAAAUUAAGAAAUCAGAGCCCGAACCUGUUUAUAUAGAUGAGGAUAAGAUGGAUAGAGCACUGCGGGUACUCCAGAGUAUAGAUCCGACAGACUCAAGACCUGACUCCCAAGACCUCUUGGACUUAGAAGAUACCUGCCAGCAGAUGGGUCCAAUGAUAGAUGAAAAACUUGAAGAAAUUGAUAGGAAACAUUCAGAAUUGUCUGAAUUGAAUGUGAAAGUUCUGGAAGCUCUGGAACUGUAUAACAAAUUGGUGAAUGAAGCACCGCUGUAUCCAGUCUACUCAAAGCUCCAUCCUCCAGCACAUUACCCACCUACGUCAGCUGCACUUCCAAUGCAGGCAUAUCCAGUUCAGCCACAUGGAGGAAGCUACAUGGAUCAGAGCAUUCACCAGGUGACUGCUGCCCACAGCUACAGCCUAGGACCAGGUCAGAUCAGUUCACUGCGAUCUCUGCCUCCAGUAGCAACACAGAGUGCUCAGACUCCGUAUUUAAGCACUGGACAAGACACUGCUUCCAAUCCUACCUAUAUGAACCAGAACUCUAACCUUCAAUCAGCUCCUGGCUCAGCCGCGUACACCCAGCAAAUGGGGAUGUCUGUGAAUAUGUCGUCCUACCAGAACGCUACCUCCAGCUUGCCACAGCUGGCGGCCUUUCCUGUGGCGGUUCCAGCUCAUUCAGUCGCACAGCAGCAGACAAAUUACCAUCAGCAGCCUCUCCUUUAGAAACAAACCAAGCAUUUGCACAAAGCCUUCAUAAGUGUGUUACUCAUAACCUUUGUGAUUCUGACCUGAAAACACUGAAAGAAAACUUCCUCUCAACUUAGAAAGACCAUGAGUAAAUAAAGCACAAGGCUUAUCUUAAUUACAAGGCCGUAAAAGACUUUUUUCAGUCCAGUUUGUUUGAAGUCGAUCUUUUUUUAAGUCAUUCUUUUGACCAGAGGCAGGUUAAAGAUUCUUCCAGUUAGUUUUGUCUUACUUUCAAAUCUUUACAUAAGUCUAGUUACCCAAUAAGUAGCUUUAUGACACUAAACAGUAUGAGAGGAGUGUAGCCAUGUUUUAAGAAACCACUUUUUCUCCCUAAAAUGUCAUUAUAAGGGCAUUGAAGACCUUUAAAUAUUUUUUGUCUGCAUAUUUGUUUCACUUACUAUUAUUUUAAGAGAUGACCAUCUUUUUGUGUAAGAGUUUAGCUUGCCAACAUAGUUCCUUUUGGCUCCUUAAAUUGCAGUUGUGUUUGCAGUACUGUCAGUUUUGUUCUCAUUGCUGUGUUGAGUAAUAAUUAGCAUAUAAUUGUCUACAGAAGCAAGAGCAAUUUGGAAGGAACAAAAAUGUUUUCUGUAAAUGCAGAUGCGGGAUCCAGCACUUAGCCAGCCCCCAGUUAUGCUGACGGUGGCUAAGGAAUGCCUUCUCCCCACGUUUCCAGUCGCUGGGGGAACGCAUUUCCUUCUCUACAAGCAUCCCUGGUAUUUAGAAUUGCUACUGAUGACCGCUUCAAGUGACUGGCUGUUCUCUUCUGAAGAUGUGGUCCAUUUGUUUUCCUUCCUGCAGUGUGGUGUGCACAGAUGCUGCCUUUCCUCCAGGAUUAUAUGUGACUUUGAGCCACAAAACGUUCCUAAUAAUUUGAUGUGAUAUAUACCACGCAUGGAUAAGUGUGAUUAUAUCGACAUGUUAUUUCUUUGAAUAAGCAAAUCAAGUAACAUUGCUAAUAUGCCAACAUUCCAAGCUAUUGAAAAAAUUGUCCAGUCCUUUCAGAAGUAAUUCUGAGUUUUUGGAGUAGUAGCAGGUGAUGGAUUGAUAGAAAGUGGUGGAGUGCAUGAGAAGCUAUUGAGGCAGUUUUUCUGAAGCUCACGUUUUAAAUUCAUUUAUAGUACGAAUAGAUUCCACAUACUCUAGGAGUUAGUGAUAACGCAUAGAGAUUGUUUUCUCUCAUUUUUUUAAAAAAAGAUUCAUUUUAUUUAUUUGAAAGGCAGAGAGUUUCAGAGAGAAUGACAGAGCAGUCUUCCAUUUGCUGGUUCAUUCUCCAAACGACUGCAAGAGCCAGAGCUGGGCCAUGCUGAAGCCAGGAGCCAGGAAUUCCAUCCAGGUUUCCCAAAUGGUACUUGGGCCAUCUUCCAUUGCCUUCCCAGGUACAUUAGCAGGGAGCGGGAUCUGAAGCGGGGUAGCCAUUGCCCAUAAGGAAUGCCAUCAUUGCAGGUGGUGUUGUAACAGCUGUGCCACAACACUGGCCCUGUUCUCUCUACUAAGAAUACAUUUGAAGACAGUUCUGUAAGUUUUGUCAUUCAUGUGUUUAUAGCAGUUUGAUUGAAAAUACACUCCUUUUUCAGAGAAACUUUAUCAUUGAAUAGAAUACUCAGUGUAAUACUUGGUCCAUGUUUAAAGGGAGAUACAUGUGUUAUUUGAAAACCUAAUUUCUGUCAUCGUGUUAUUUUAGAUACUGAAAGGAAGUUUCAGCCUUUAGUGUCUCAUGUUCUGUUUUUCAACCAGUGUUUUCCUUUCAGGUGAAUUCAGUUACACAGUUAACAAAACUUUUUAAAUGGCACCUUACUUUUUUUGGAAGAAAAAAACUUCUAUUCUUUUUAAAUAUAUAUAUAAAUAUAAAACACCCAAAGCUGCUCUUGAUAAUAGUUAAUGUUUGCCUAAAUGGAAAAUCUUACAUCUUUUCUCCCAAGCUAUAUUUAAUAAAGUUAUUUUAAUGUUUACUGUAAAUAUUUAUUGUAUAAUUGUGGUCUGAAUUGUAAAAGUUAAUUCAUUAUAAAUCUUAGAGUCAAAAUAAUAAAUACUUCAUACCCACUAAAUUGGGAUCAAUGUCAAUUAAGUUCAACUAACCUAACUUUUGGAAUAAUAAAACAUGACAUUUAUAUAAAUAGUGUAUAUUGGCAUUUAUUUGUGAGAUUUUGUAUAUGCAAAGAUUUUUCUUCCUCUUAAAAAUAAUCUCAUUUUUGCCAUAUGCAAGGAAUUUUGUGUUUCACAUUGUUGAUAGUAUGAAAAAUACUCUGUAUUGAUCUGAUACUUUAUUGAUCUCGAUAAGAAGUGCAAGAUCAUUUUUUAUUCCUUGCCAUGCUCUUUUGGGUUGUAUUUAAGACCCAUUUAUAAUUAAUGUUUUCUGCCAAAGGAAUUGUCUUAAUUUUAGAUUUCUAUAUAUUGGGUUCAUAUUUACUGUUUUAUAUCAAAAAUUUAAAAAUAGUUUCUCCUUUUUCCACAUAUAAUCUUGGUACAUGGCAAGAAUGCCUGGGUGUUAAAAUAUAACAUGUAUAUUUUAACAAAUCUAUAAGAAUAUUUAUUCUUGCAGCUUGAAAAACAUGCAGACAACCAACAUUGUCUUACAAUUUGUUAAUUUGUUUAUAAAAUUACUGGAACAGUAAGUACAGUAUUUAUCAUGUAGGAUUUGAAAUUAUUUGCAUCUUAAGAUAUUUGAAGUAGUUGAUAUUGGACCAUAUAACAAAUUUUACAUUUUGAAGAUUAUUGUAAAGUUUCACCUUCCAAAUUUAGAAAAUUGACUGUAAAUAUUUUAAAAAGUGACUUAGAGAUUUUUAAGAGUUUUUCUUGGUAAAACCUAGAAAUUUCAAGGUUCCUGAUUUCUAGGAGAGGUUUUAUGAUUUGUCAUUGACAUUGAGAAAGCCUGAAGUUAUUUCUGUAGGUAAUAAAUUAUAAAUA